ACCACAAAGUCUUGCCAAUAGAAAUGAGGUACUGAUCACUAAAAUAAAGGCGGAAGCUCCAUUUUGUCACAGCUUGAGAGAGGACAGAAAGAGUAAAGACAUAAAUGAUUGCAAAGCAUGAUUCUGAAGUACGAAAGGUGUAGUGCUUUUGCAAUGCUGUUUUCCAGGCGAGGAGAGCCAGGAGCCCGGGAUCUGCUGCUGUCUCUUCUGCUUGUCGCAGCCUGGGAAGCGGGGAGCGGCCAGCUCCGCUACUCGGUCCCCGAGGAGGCCAAGCACGGCACCUUCGUGGGCCGCAUCGCGCAGGACCUGGGGCUGGAGCUGGCCCAGCUGGUGCCGCGCCUGUUCCGGGUGGCGUCCAAGGGCCGCGGGGACCUUCUGGAGGUGAAUCUGCAGAACGGCAUUUUGUUUGUGAAUUCUCGGAUCGACCGCGAGGAGCUGUGCGGGCGGAGCUUGGAGUGCAGCAUCCACCUGGAGGUGAUCGUGGAGCGGCCGCUGCAGGUUUUCCAUGUGGAGGUGGAGGUGAAGGACAUUAACGAUAACCCACCGGUUUUUAGAGGCAGAGAACAAAGGAUAUUUAUUCCUGAAUCUAGACUCCUGGAUUCACGUUUUCCGAUAGAGGGCGCUGCUGAUGCAGACAUUGGUGCCAAUGCUCUUCUAACUUACACGCUCAGCCCCAGUGUCUAUUUUUCUUUGGAUAUACAGGCAGGUGAGGAACUAAGUCAGUCUCUUUCACUUGAAUUGAGGAAAUCUUUGGAUAGAGAAGAAGCACCAGAACUUCAUUUAUUAUUGACAGCCACUGACGGGGGCAAACCAGAGCUGAAAGGUUCGGUUCAGCUGCUUAUCACCGUGCUCGAUGUUAAUGAUAACGCGCCACUGUUUGACCAGGCAGUGUACAGAGCCCACUUGUUAGAGACUGCAGGAAAUGGCACAUUAGUGGCCACAUUAAACGCCUCUGACGCGGACGAAGGUGUAAAUGGUGAGAUUGUCUUUUUCUUUGAUGGCGACAUUUCUCCUAACAUUCAAAAUAAAUUCAGAGUUGAUGCCAGCUCAGGAGAAAUUAGGCUAAUAGAUAAAUUGGAUUAUGAAGAAAUAAAAUCCUACGAAAUUCAGGUAAAGGCAGUUGAUAAAGGAAGUCCUCCGAUGUCUAAUCAUUGCAAGGUUUUGGUGAAAGUGUUGGACGUAAAUGAUAAUGCCCCAGAACUGGCAGUCACUUCACUGUCCUUGCCCAUCAGAGAGGACGCUCCACUUGGCACCGUUGUUGCCCUCAUCUCAGUGUCCGAUCUCGAUUCCGGCGCCAACGGACAGGUCACCUGCUCCCUGACGCCCCAGGUCCCCUUCAAGCUGGCGCCCACCUUCAAGAAUUACUACUCGUUGGUGCUGGACGGCGCCCUGGACCGCGAGGGCGUGUCGGCCUACCAGCUGGUGGUGACCGCGCGCGACGGGGGCUCGCCCUCGCGGUGGGCCACGGCCAGCGUGGCGGUGGAGGUGGCCGACGUGAACGACAACGCGCCCGCCUUCGCGCAGCCCGAGUACACGGUGUUCGUGAAGGAGAACAACCCGCCGGGCUGCCACGUCUUCACGGUGUCGGCGCGGGACGCGGACGCGCGGGAGAACGCGCGGGUGUCGUACGCGCUGGUGGAGCGGCGGGUGGGCGCGCGCGCGCUGUCGAGCUACGUGUCGGUGCGCGCGGAGAGCGGCGAGGUGUUCGCGCUGCAGCCGCUGGACCACGAGGAGCUGCAGCUGCUGCGGUUCCAGGUGAGCGCGCGCGACGCGGGCGUGCCGCCCCUGGGCAGCAACGUGACGCUGCAGGUGUUCGUGCUGGACGAGAACGACAACGCGCCGGCGCUGCUGGCGCCUCGGGCGGGGGCCCCCGGCGGCGGCGGCGCGGCCAGCGAGCUGCUGUCGCGGUCGGUGGGCGCGGGCCACGUGGUGGCCAAGGUGCGCGCGGUGGACGCCGACUCGGGCUACAACGCGUGGCUGUCGUACGAGCUGCAGCCGGCGGCGGGCGGCGCGCGCAGCCCGUUCCGCGUGGGGCUGUACACGGGCGAGAUCAGCACGACGCGCGCCCUGGACGAGGCGGACGCCGCGGGCCAGCGCCUGCUGGUGCUGGUGAAGGACCACGGCGAGCCGGCGCUGACGGCCACGGCCACCGUGCUGGUGUCGCUGGUGGACGGCGGCCAGGCGCCCCAGGCCGCGUCGCGGGCGCUGGCGGGCUCCGCGGGCCCCGGGUCCGCGCUGGUGGACGUCAACGUGUACCUGAUCGUGGCCAUCUGCGCGGUGUCCAGCCUGCUGGUGCUGACGCUGCUGCUGUACACGGCGCUGCGGUGCUCGGCGCCGCCCCCCGAGGGCGCGUGCGGGCCGGGCAAGCCCCCGCUGGUGUGCUCCAGCGCGGCGGGGAGCUGGUCGUCCUCGCGGCCGAGGCGGCAGAGGGUGUGCUCUGGGGAGGGCCCGCCCAAGACCGACCUCAUGGCUUUUAGUCCAGGCCUACCUCCAAGUCAGAACAUGCCAGAACGAAAUGAACAUCCAGAAGCAAAUUCGGAUCUUUCCGGUAAUGUAAGUCCAACUUUCAGUUUUGACUUUAUCUAUUAUUUAUUUAUUUAUGUUAACUUAUCUAACCAUUUUUUCAAAUGUCAUUUUAGAAUGUCUUCAAGGCGUUCACUAACAUUGAAACAAAUCUUACCACUGCAAGUUGAUAUUUUAUUAAUCACAGCUGUCUUGAAUGGAACUAGGAAACAAUACUUCAGGGACAAAUUGUCAUAUUUCUUGAUUCAAAUUGCAGGUUAA